AUGUCAUCAUCAUCAUCGGGAUCGGAAAAGAAAAAAUCAACAAAGGGUAUUUUGAAGAAAUAUAAAGAAAAUAAGAAGAGUCAAAUUUCAAUUCAUUUCGAUGAACGAAAUUUGUUAGAAAAUGAAGAAAUUAAGAAAAUAAUUAAAGAAAAUUGCACAACGAUCAAUGAAGCAAAAACACCUUUUAGAUAUGCUCAAGACUCUGAUUCAGAAGGAGAAUAUGACCCACAUAUUCCUCGAUUAAUGUCGCCGAUGGAACACAUGGAUCGGAUUACAAGUGCUUUGGAACGAAAACUUGCUCAUCCUUCAUCAUCAACAACCACAGCUUCCGAUGACCAAAUGGUGGACGAAGAAGCCCUCAAUGACAGGAAAGAAAACAAUUUCGAACAACCACACACAACAUCAUCUUUGUCGCAUUCGAUACCAAUAUCUAAGCAUGUUCACAUAUCUGACGAUGAAAUGUUCGUCGAUGAAUUUCAACAUUCACCAAGUAAACACAUUGGAUUUUCACUUGAGAAAGAUUAUUCACAGUUCAAUACAAAUGAAAGACCUGAAGGAGACCAUGAACAUGAAAGUCCAGAAUUCAAAAGAAAAAGAAAGGAACAUUAUAAUGAAUAUAUUGUGAUGAAGAAGAUGAAAGAACGAAAUCGAAAGUACUUUGAGAAUGGGGAAGAGAGUGACGAGGAGAGCAGUAGUGAUGACGAUGAGAACGAACAAUAA